GAAAAAUAUUGAAAAUGAUGUCAGGACAUUAUACCUCCAUUGAAAAUCAAAAGGUUUCAGGAUCGGUACCUGCCGUUCCAGAUCCACAAUCCUUCAAAUUUUCAGAUUCAAAUCUUCAAACAUUUCCUCCUGCAGCACAAGGAAAGAUUGGUGGCAGUGGUGGUUCAAGGCCUCCAACUAAUGUUAAUGAUACAUUUUCAAAAACAGUAUCUAGUUCCGAUGAAUCCCAGCAAAGUGGUUGGUUUCAGGCAUUUUCACUCUCCACUUACAAACCAUACUUUGAUAUUGACACUAUAGAUGUUCUGGAUCGAAUUAAAGAUUCACUCUAUCCAUUCAAUGGAGCUUUUAAAGAAAAAACUGCUUCCAAUCCUGAUUUGUAUGGACCAUUCUGGAUCUGCACCACCUUAAUAUUUGUAGCGGCUUCUAUUGGCACAUUUGUGACAUACAUAGCUCACAAAUUGAAGCAUCAGGAAUGGAACUAUGACAUAAAUGUGGUGACUUGGUCUGCUGGCUUGUUUUAUGGUUAUGCCAUCUUUGUUCCUCUUUGUUUGUAUCUAAUCCUCAAAUACUUCUCUGUACCUUCUGGCCUUGUCCAACUACUUUGUCUUUAUGGAUAUUCCCUGUUUGUCUUUAUUCCAGCACUGUGUUUGUCUGUUGUGCCAUGGGAGAUAUUCAGAUGGGUGAUUGCUGGGGUGGCUGGAUUCAUGUCAGCAACUUUUGUAGCACUUAACCUUCGGGCACAUAUUAUGUCAGCUGGAGAACGAUGGCUUUUGAUUGUUGCUGGCAUUUUUCUAUUACAGUUGGCUCUGUCUCUUGUACUCAAGAUCUACCUCUUCAAAAUAACAGUAUGAAAGGAAACUGGUAUUGUUAUCGAUCAACAUCAAUGAA